CCGUUUCUUCCUUGUGAUGUCCCGCGUUACCCUCUCCAUCGCUGUUGUUGCGACCGCUAUUGCCGUUGCGAACGCCCGGCCGACGUACGUCGCCCGCCUGCCGAACGGUGACAACGUGUCCGGUGUGGCCGCACUGGGCCACGUGAACCCCGACGGUGGAGGUACCAACAACGACUUCGGCCUCGACUUCGCGAGUGCCGGCGAGGAGUGGACGACGGCAUUCUGCCAGCAGGAUUCAGACGGUGAUGGCCAGACCAACGGCCAGGAGCUCGGUGACCCGUGCUGCGAGUGGGUGCAAGACUCGAACGCCGUCGUGCGCUGGAGCGAGGGCGUCUCCCACCCGGGCGACUCGUCGUCCACUUCGGAUGAAUCGCUCUGGGCCGACAUUACCUGUGGUUCUUCUACCUCGAACUCGACGUCAACCACCGCUGGCUCGGGAUCCAGCGCCAGCACUGUCGAGGCCGGCUCGACCACGACCACCGGGACGGAUACCGCCACGUCUGGCUCAACGAACGCGGCCGCUUCAAGUGACGCUGCCGCGUCGUCGUCGUCAAGUGCGGCUUCGGCCGUGACUCCGGCCAUGUACUCGACCGUGGGUGUCGCCGCUGCCAUCGUUGCCUUCUUCGUCUAG